AUCUCAGUAAUUCUCAAAACUUGCCAUCAAGCAUCCGAACAUAAAACAAUCAUACAUUUUAAACAAUUAAUUAAAAACAAGAAUUAAAUAUUCAUACAAAAAUCACCAUGUACGACGAUGAGCCCAUCUCUAGCUUUGUGUUCACCAACGAGGAGACCACACAGACAUUCCACCAUCAAUGGUUUGCCCAGGGCCAGUUGCAUGAGUGCGCCACCUGCUACAGUUCCAUCGAUGCCGAUGAGCCGCCAUCACAGCAUUGGCUGCGUGGAGGAGAAGCCUCCCAGGGACUGCAGUUGACGAAGCAACAACAGGCUGUCCUGGACAUCAUCGAAGCCCGCCAAAUCGAAACUUUCUUCUUCUGCGACGAGAGCUCCAAGGAUAAGCUGGACCACUUCAUGGGCGAGACCUGUGCCCGAGGUGUUCCCGAGCUGCUUCGCUGGAUGUUCCAGAAUAAUACCAUCGCUGUGGAGUUCAACCUGGCCUGCUAUGUGAAUGCCAUGGAUCAGGUGCUGAUCUUUCAGAGCGGCUCCCUCAAAGUGGAACAUCAUUUCGAUGUGGAGGAGUGCGUCAGCGUGGUCUACGAGAUGCUGAUGCAGAGGAUCGAAAACUACCUGAACUGCAACUGUGAGUACGGCAUGGACGAGUGCAGCAUCACCAGAUUACGAGUUCAGGUCAAGCGUAUACGAGUUGAAGUCGAGAGUCCUGGAUCCACACCCUUCGCUCUGCCCCUGCAACUGAGACAGGAGGAGGACGGUCUGUCCACCACUACCACAAGCGAAUCCGAGCUGGCCAGCCUGCGAUCCGCCUACCUGAAGCACUACCGUGAAUGCAAUGGCUACUUUCCGCCCAAUAUGCGAGUGAAUCUCUACGGGCUACAGCAGUGCAAGACCACCAAGGAGUUGUAUGUGGUGCCCUACCAUGUCAGCGAGACUCUACAACAGCUGCCCAACAAGAACUACCUGAUUCUGAACAAUAUUAUGGGUCAAUUCCAACGCCUGCACGAACUCUCCACACCGGUGAAAUCGAUCGAAAGGGAUCCAUCCGGUUCCCCUGUGAAGAGCCUCCACUGCCGCCGGUGUCGUAGCCAGUUCACGAGGAGCAGCAAACUUCAUAUUCACCAGCAGUUGCACUGCGGCCAGGACUUCUCCGUGGACAGCAUGCACGCCGACAUUGUGGAGAUCUACGAGCAGUGUCUGCCCAUCUCGAGGAGUGUCUUUCAGUAUGCCUGCUAUGGCAUUACCAAGCCAAAGACCGUGAUGCGAAAGGGUCAGUUCGUGCCCAUCGAGUGCGACUGGCGCAGCGAGAGUUCCGUGAAGGUGCAGCAUGGUCCCUGUGUGGUCAUCAGUAAUGCCCAGCACAAUAGUCCUUGUAAAUUUUGUUAAAUAAACGACUUAAUAAGCUUAAAAAGAA